CAUAAUAACAAUAACAAUUCCGUCCAACUUUUUCCUCCUUAUUACUGUUAAAACUUAAAAACAAAAAACUCAUAAACAAACCAUAGGACGGAUUCCUUCAAAUUUGCUUAUCUCAUAGCCUGAUUAUGUGAAGGCGAGAUUGCAAUCUGAAGAUGAUACUGAAAUUUCCCUCCGUUUUGGUCCCUACAAAGCUUCCAAUAAGAAGGACAGUAUGCUUCGCUUCUGGAAUCAACCCAGAGCAACUUAGAUUACAACUUGACACUCUUCACAAGGAAGCACAAACCACCAGAGCCAAAGGUUAACUUCCCUUUUUUUUUUUUUUUUUCAAACAAAUAAAAAAUAAAAAUGUCUUUCCUUUGAUCGUUAGUUCGUUUAGCUAUUCCGCCUUUCAGCCUUCAGGCGUUCGGUAUCUGGCUAUAUACACUUUAGCUCUUUAUGCUUUGAACAAAUUUUUUAGUACUUUUGGUAUGUUCCUGAAUUGGGUCGUAUGAGUAAGAGAAGAAAGUUGUAAUUGACCGGCGCUACAAUUUCGCUCCAUUACUAGUCUCAAAAAUGGGGAUGAAUUAGGUUUCUGGUAUAUGGGUUGCGUAUGGAAAUUUAGUGAAGCUUUUGUCUUGUUCUAGUUUCCAAGCUUCUGUUAAUUUAAUCUUCUGUAGGAAUUUGGAAAAAAAUGGCUGCUUGAAGGGUGAAUGAAUGCUGUUGAUGAGGAUUACUUUAUCUUGAAUUACAGGCCAAUUUUAUGUUAAUUUUCUGUUGCCACUGCAUUCGCCUUUUACUUAAUCACUUGGCCUUUUUGUUAUAGAGUUAACGAUUGGGAACUGGUUGUUGUUCCAGCAAAUAGUGCAAGGUUGAGGUUGAUGCGGUUGUCUGAGGCUGCAGAAAAUCUUCGACAUCGAGCUGCUGUAAAUGUUCGAAAUGGCAAGGAAAAUGAAGCUAGGGAGUUGCUUUUUCAAAAGAAGAAAGUUAUGGAGGCCAUGGAAAAAUCAAAAGAUCGCAUUGAAUUGCUUGAUGAGCUUUCUGCAAAAUUGAAUGAGGUGAUUUCAGUCAAGGAAAAUGAUCUAAUAGAGAAUGUUGCUAUAGAUCUUAACAUGGGUGGGGAUGCAGAACCCAGCCCCAUCAUAUUUGUAUCUCCAAAAGAGAAAGUUCAAGAGAGUGCCAAUGGAAAUGAUGAGUUUGCGGCAACUUCCUCAAAUGUGGCUCUCGAAGAAGACUUAAGAAUCGGAGCUGAGAGUCUGAGAGAGCCUUCUGACAAUGAGCUAAUUGAGGGAUCUGUGGAUGGCAAAGUUAAAAAUGAAGUUGAUGUGGCCCACAAGUUGCUGGAAGUAUCCUCCUACGAGGACUUCUUGGAGCAAGUAGAUGGUCAGCUUCGCAAAAUUGAAGUUGAGCUUAUUACCUUGUUAAAAUUUUCCAAGCUGAUGCUGGAAAGCAAGGAGAAUGUAGAAAACGAAAAGGUGCGGCAUACGCUUAGUAUUCUUGAGGAUGUUCACCAUGUUAGAGAGAGAAUAGCAAAAAUCAAGGAGGCAGAAGUGGGAACUAGAUUGGAGAUUGCAUAAAGACUGCAGUUUUGGCCAACACUAAUAGCCGUGUGUUGUUUACUAGGUGAUUGUUAUUUGCAUUGUUAUCUGCUGUAUUCUUUGCUGAAAGAAAAUGAAAACAAACAGAAAUACAUGCUCCCGAAGUUUAUAAGUGUUACUACCUUUAGUUUAACGACAUUCUUUGUUUUGCCGCAUAUGAGAUCUUAUGGAAUAUAGCUGACACAAAUGAAACUACAACUCCAAUCAAUGCCUUACUAUCCAUAUUAUUUCGUCUCUCUCUCUUGUGUUCAUAUCUGGUGCUUAAUUUUUUUAUUCCAUUUCCAGCAAUUCAUGGAUUUUGAGACUGGUGAUCUAAACUGUGGUUCCAUAUUGUUUUGAAGUUCUUAGACCUGUGGAGUCCUUUUCGAAUCUAGAGUUUCUUAGGAGUACUGAAAUUGAACUUCUCUAGAGUAGAAAAUAAAAUAAGUCUCUGAAUCAAAAGACAAUUUAAUUGCUGUUUCAGUGAUCCUUUGUACUUUCUUCCUUGUCUGGAUGACCUGGUGGGUUUUCGUUUGUAGUUAUGAUCAGAACUGCAGGAGCACAGGCAUUUAAUGCCUCUGCUUAUGGCUUCAUCUAUUGACUGUUUCAGUAUGGGUCUGGGCUUAUCUAUGUCAACUGACUUUGUCAUGGAUGUCCGAGGAUUUGAAAACUUUGCUUGGAGUUUGCGGUUCACUGGUAUAUUUUCUCAGUAGAUUGUAAAACAAGGUAGUCCUAAAACCCUUGUGGCCUGAUUGUAGGCAAUUCCUUAUAGAAUCACAUGAAGUGAGAUGUUUUACAAUAUUAUAUUCUUGUAAUUUAUCUCUUGUAAAUGUUGAUGAUCAAAGAUGGAUUGAGAAGGAUCUGAUUUCCAAAUAUAGAUGGAAGAAUUAUUUUCAAACCUAGUGGCUCUUUGUUGUGUAUUGAUGAGAGAUUUUAAACAUAUUGCUCCACAGUGACAACAACUUUUGUUCAGCAUGUUGCAAGAAGCUGGACGGAAAAGUAAUCCUGUUGUUGCAUUUCUCAGACUGUAGUGAAACCAUGUAAAUGCUUUUCACCUUCUGGAUACCAAGUCACUUAGAAAAGUUCUGAUCCAUUUGACAUGUCCGGCGUCCCUUUUCUCUAUAGAACUUUGACCUGGAUCCUGGAUUCAAUGAUAUCAAAUUCUGCAGCCUCUGAAGCUGUGUUUGGAGUGGUCUUUCUUCGCAUUAUGUCUGCUAGAGUAAGUUUACCAGAGUUGCUGCUAUCUAACAUGUCAAAUUGUUUGCCAAUUUGCUGAAUGUCUUUGUCUGCAAUUUUGCCCAUUUGCUUCAGCUUGUAAAUGAUGUACUCAGAUUUUCUGCAGCAUGCAAAGUUUGUAACAAAGGUGAUGAUUAUGAUGAAGAUAAAUUUUGUUUUUCUGAUGACUAGUGCAAUCACAACAUUCUAGAUAACAGGAUAUUCCUCUAGUUAAAUGUUAAGUUUGAUCCUGAUUUUUC